AUGGCACGCCAAGUGAUUGUCCUUGCUCUCAUCUUUGUUGCCAUUUCUGGGGUUAUAGCACAAGAACCAUCCGCACCCUCACCGGACGAUGCACCAGCCUUGUCGCCUGACGCUGCCACCUCAUCAUCAUCAUCAGCUCCUUCUCCCGGCGCCUCUGAUGCUGCCGCUGCCCCAACCCCUGUUAGCGAUAUAUCUUCGCCACCUGCUCCUUCCCCUGCAGGCGGCGACAGCUGGGCAGACAGCGGGGCAGCUGCCACCGAAGCUGAUGAAGCAGCUGCCCCAGAAGGAAUUGUCACAGCUGAGGGACCAGUAGACCCUUCAUCAGCUGAGGAAGAUUAUCCCGUCGAUGAUUUCUCUAGGCUCAUCAAGAACUGA